AUGAACUUUUCUCGCGACAUAGCGGACCUCGUUGGCUUUGCUCUCGAGGCCAUUGCUUGGGGUGCUUACGCCGUGCUAUUCGCCGGCUUUUUAGUUCUUCACUCGCACAAACGUCAACCCUGGUCGGUUAUUGAGAUUGUUACUUGCAUUUUGUUUGCAACGUGCACGACACACUUUGUCCUCGAGUUUCACCACUUCGUGACGGCUCUGGAAUCUCAAGGCGUGCCUAGUUAUUCGGCGGAGACUAACCCCCUCUUCGGCGCCGACAUCCUCAUCUCCGUUUGCGACCUAUUCGGCGACUUCAUCCUCCUCUACCGCUGCUGGGUCAUCUGGGGACGCAACUACUGGGUCAUCGUGCUUCCCAGUCUGACCGCUGCAGGGGGUCUCGCCUGCAUUGCAGGUUUUGCCCACCUCGUCCUCGCGCUUGCGCCUGGGGAGCUCCCACCCCCGGCGAUGAUCCCGCUCGAGACCGCCGCAUACGUCCUUCCGCUUUGCACCAACGUCCUCACCACCGGCCUCAUCCUCUACCGCAUCUGGUGGGCGAGCCGCCUCGGCGGCGGGCGCGCGAUGAUCGCGAACACGAGACGCAUCGCGGUCGGCGCGAUGGCGGUCGUCGUCGAGAGCGGGCUGCUCUACCUCGUCGUCCAGCUCAUCUUCGUCGUCCUCGUCGCCCUCGACAGCGACGGGCUCGACAUCGUCAUCGGGCUCGCCGUUCCAGUCUAUGGGAUCGCGCCGACGCUCAUAAUCAUUCGCGUCGCGCUCGGGCUGUCCGUGGAGGCGAUCACGAGCCCCGACACAGUCGGCAGCAGCAGGCUACUGCUGUCGGCGGAGUCCGCAGGCCUCUCCCGCGGGCAGAACAUGGGACCCACCGCGAGUUCGCUCGGAGGUUGUACUAAGCACGACGGCAGCGAGAUGAAAGCGUUAUCUUCUAGCGCGGUGCACGUUUUUUGA